AUGGUAGAAACGGUAGAAAUGGUAAAAAUGGUAGAAUUGGUAGAAACGGUAGAAAUAGUAGAAAAAGUAGAAAUAGUAGAAAUAGUAGAAAUACAAAAUAAAGAUCAGCUAGCAAUAGAAAUAGAAAAUAAACAACUUGAAAGUAAUAAUAUAAAAAUAAAUAGUGAAGAUGUUAAAGAUGAUGAAGGUGUUGGAGAUGACGAAAGUGUUAAAAAUAAUAAAGGUGUUAGAGAUAACAAAGAUAUUGAAGAUAACAAAGGUGUUAAAGACAACAAUAAAACAAGAAUAGAUAAUCAACUUGGUGAUGAAAAUAACUAUAAUUACUGGAUAGAAAACUAA